AUGAUUAGAAGUCCAGAUUUGGAUUCCUUUGUUUGUUGUGCUGUGUGUUCACAAAUAAUACAACCAUCACCACCUUCCAACGCUAUUUUUCAUCGGAUUCGGGAGUAUAAGCCUUUCAGAACACGGUAUUACACUCAUCGUGAUAUACUGGAGAUUGGAGCAGACAUUCAACAAGAACAGCAUAGAAAGAAGGAGGCAGAGAUACAAGAGCGCAUUGAAAAACUGAAAGCUGAACUUUGGUCUCAGGCUGAAACGUACAAGGAAGAUGCAGUGGAUAAAGCUCUCAAAGAGGCAGCCGCUAACCACAGUGCAGUUGUAGAAGACCUUAAACAAAAACUUGGAACGGAAUUAAGGGAAGAGGUGAGGAAGGCAAAGGCAGAGGUGCAGCAGUACAUGGAGGAUGAGCGGAAGAGAGAGGCUGAAGCUGCAGAGGAGCGCAUGGCUCACAGACUUCAAUGCGCUCUCAUGGAGUGUGCCCGGGAGAAGAUGGAAGCGGUGGCCGAAGCCAGGAAACAGGAGAGGGAGGCAGCCCUGGAGAAAGCAGCCAGGCAGCACAGAAAGCACUUAGAGCAACUCAAAGAAGAAAGUAUGUUAGCUGAGGAACUGUAUCAUAAGAGUAUAGAGCAAUUAAACAAAGAAAAACAUCAUGAGAUUAAUAUUGCCCUGAGUGUAGCACGAAAACAGAAUCAGAUUGAGACUGAAAAGCAGCUCAGAGAAGCAGAGACCCAGCACCUUGAUGAGCUGGAAAAAGCGAUGGCUAUGCUGAAAGCAGCAGAAGAACAGGUAAAGACUCUCACACAAGAACUGGAAAAGAUGACAGCCUGGAAGGACAGCCUGGAAACUGAAAUACAAGCAACAAGACAAGCUUUUCAAAAGUAUAUUGAUGCCACGUUUCCUAACCUGUCCCCUGGACAAGCAGAUUUUAUUCUGCCAUUCAGAAAAGCGUUUAAGCAGAAGGACACCCCAGAAGAAGCAGAGGAGAGUGAUGAGGAAUAUAAGACAACUAGUGUUGGAAAUGUGAGAUUUACAGCCACAGGUGAACAGAACUACAAAUAG